GAAAAAUUUUCAAAAGAGAACGGACAGUCCAGCAGGUACAACCGCCCACAAGGCCACACCCAAACAAACAAGCGAACCAACGCCUUCUCUAUACCCAUGAUACUUGACUUGCACUUCAUCUUCUUCUUCACUCACUCACUCACAAUUAUCAUACCGUUCCACCAAACUGUUAACUGCUCUCUUUUUCUCUCUCUUUCUCUCCCUCAAUCCAUUAACUUAAAUUCUUCACUGUUGUUCUCUGCCCCCUUUCAAUCUCCAUUUUCCAGCCCAUACUGUUGUUGAUCGUUGAAUUUUGGUGUAUGGGUUUGGAUGAGUGUUGGGAAUUGAAAAGACCCCUCUACCGAACUGUUGACAGCUCUCCUUUUUUGUCUUUUUCUCUCCCUCAAUCCAUUAACUUAAAUUCUUCACUAUUGUUCUCCGCUCCCUUUCAAUCUCCAUUUUCCAGCCCAGUAAGUUUUUCUUUCUUUUUUCUUUUUCUUUGGGUUGCUUUGAUUUUUGGUGUUUUCCUUGUUGUCAGUAUUGUUGUUGAUCGUUGGAUUUUGGUAUAUGGGUUUGGAUGAGUGUUGGGAAUUGAAAAGAAAUGUGGAAUUUGGAGCAGCGUUCUUUUUUAUUUCUAUAAUCAUGGACGCUUUAGUUUUUUCUCUUCUUUUCAUUUUCAUCUGGUUUUCUUGGCAACCGAAUGGAGCAUUAGUGGAAAGGAACAAUCGUUUGAGUACUUUGCAUUGUUCCAGUGGUUGAUCUUUGAAAUUGUGUGUGUUUUUCUUUCCUUUCUCUUAUUUAUUUGGCUGUAAACUUUGAUCUGUUAGCAGUAUUUUGCCUUUCGUUGUUUGGUUUAGUGCAUGAGGUUUUGUGGAUUGAUUUCUACAGUGUACCCUUUCGCAUUUUCCAUCUUAGAGACAAAAAUUUAGCGAUUGCUGUCUGCAGUGUUUGAUUUUGUUUUUCUGCAAAGAUAAAUCGCUAUGGAGCUCUUGGACAUUCAACCACGCGAACUCAAGUUCACAUUUGAGUUGAAGAAACAAAGUUCAUGCUCAAUUCACCUUGUCAAUAAAGCCGAUCUAUAUAUCGCUUUCAAGGUGAAGACCACAUCUCCAAAAAGAUAUUGUGUGCGACCGAACACAGGCGUUGUUAAGCCAAAUGCAGAAUGUGAUGUCAUGGUUACCAUGCAAGCUCAGCGUGUAGCUCCACCUGAUAUGCAGUGUAAAGAUAAGUUCCUGAUUCAAAGCACAGUUGUCCCCUAUGGUACAACUGAAACCGAUAUUAGAUCUGACAUGUUUGCAAAAGAUAGUGGCAAAUACAUUGAAGAGAAAAAACUAAGAGUGGUUCUCAUUGGCCCUGCUCAUUCUCCUGUAUUGCUACCACUUAAUGGAUUAUUGAAGCAAGAUCCAUGUCAUGAAAUUUUUUCACAAAAAGAUCAAUUGCUGAGUGGAGUUGAAAACACCCCCCCAGCUCAUGCGGUAGCUAAGGAUGUAGAGGGGUUCAAAACUGCUAAAGUUACAGAUGAGUCAAGAGCAGCUAAGGAUGUGGAGUCAAGACCAGCCGAGGAUGUGGAUGAACUGAAGUUAACACAUGAUAUUGCUAAGGAGAACUUAGCCAAGGACAUUGAGGAGUUGAAUUCAAAGCUAAAUGUAUUAGAGCUAAACCUAAGUGAGGCCAAACUUACCAUCACAAAGCUAACAGAGGAAAGGAGCAUGGCCACUCGGGAGAAGGAAACACUUAAGCAUGAACUAGCAAUGUUGAGGAGGAAGAGUGAUGUGAGAAGAGUCCGGGUGGGUUUCCCUUUCCUGUUUGUUCUGAUAAUUGCCCUCAUCGGUAUUGCAGCUGGAUACCUUAUGCACUCAUAGAAAGAAGACUUAUUUUGUACACUGUGACUGACUGCCUGGAAUUUUUAGAAGGAACAAGUUUUCCUUCUCAAUGAUCAGACACAGGAUUUUAUAGUCUGUUUAUUGACCGGCCCAUGCCAGAAUCGUCGACAUAUUGUGUGUGAUAUAUAGGAACCUAGUAAAAAGUUGCUUGUAAAGAGAACUGAUCUCUUUGAAUAAAAAGAAGAGCCAGUUUGUAGAAUGACCAUUUUGAGGAGCUUUUUCCUUAUCAGGUCUAUGAAUCAUUAUGAAUUUCAUUUGAUUUUGAUUA